AUGUCCCCACAAUGUGCUGCAGAAGUGAGGGAUGACAACCAGAAACCCUCGUCCACCUGUGUGGUUCUCCACCGCACAGGAGGGCACUCACAGCUUCUGUGUGGGUCUGAGAAUGUGUACGAGUAUGACCAGUGUUCAUGUCACCUCUACAGCGCCUACCACACGCGGCUGCACGAGAAUGACUGGGUCCGCAUCCAGGAGGACACGGGGCUUCUCUACCUUAACCAGAGCCUGGACCACAGCUCCUGGGAGAAGCUCAACAUCCGCAAGGGCGGCUUCCCGCUGCUUACCAUCUACCUGCGGGUCUUCCUGUCACCCACAUCCCUACGUGAGGGCGAGUGCCAGUGGCCAGGCUGUGCCCGAGUGUACUUCUCCAUCAUCAAUGCCUCCUUCCCAGCUUGCGGCGCCCUCAAGCCCCGGGAGCUCUGCUUCCCUGAGUCAGGCCUGUCCUUCCGCAUCCGGGAGAACAGGCCCCCUGGCACCUUCCACCAGUUCUGCCUGCUGCCCGUGCAGUUCCUCUGCCCCAACGUCAGUGUGGCCUACAGGCUCCUGGGAGGUGAGAGUCUGCCUUUCCGCUGCGAUCUGGACAGCCUGGAGGUGAGCACGCGCUGGACCCUGGACCGUGAGCAGCGGGAGAAGUAUGAGCUGGUGGCCGCGUGCACGGUUCGCAUGGGCAUGCGCGAGGAGGAGGUGAUGGUGCCCUUCCCUGUGACCGUGUACGACGAGGACGACUCUGCGCCCACCUUCUUCGGGGGCGUCGACAGUGCCAGCGCGGUGGUGGAGUUCAAGCGGAAGGAGGGCACAGUGGUAGCCACGUUACGUGUCUUCGAUGCAGACGUGGUGCCAGCCUCUGGGGAGCUCCUGAGACGGUACACGAACACGCUGCUCUCUGGGGAUGCCAAGGCCCUCCGGACCUUCCGAGUGGAGCACAUGCCCAAUGAGACCUUGGCCCAGGCCAACGGCAGCUUUGUGCGGGCAACCGUGCAUGACUACAGGCUGGUUCUCAACCAGAGCCUCCCCAUCUCGGAGAGCUGGGCUGUGCAGCUGGCCGUGCUGGUCAACGACUCAGACUUCCAGGGCCUGGGGGAGGGUGUCGUCGUCCUCCACUUCAAUGUGUCCGUGCUGCCCAUCAGCCUGAGCCUGCCCAGUGCCUACUCCUUCUCCGUGAGCCGGCGGGCCCACCGCUUUGCCCAGAUUGGGAAAGUCUGCGUGGAAAACUGCCAGGAGUUCAGCGGCAUCCAAGUGCAGUACAGGCUGCAGCCCUCCAGCGCCAACUGCAGCGCCCUGGGGAUGGUCACCUCAGCUGAGGACACCUCGGGGACCCUGUUCGUGAAUGACACGGAGGCCUUGCAGCGGCCCGAGUGUUCCCAGCUCCAGUACACAGUGGUGGCCACCGAGAAACCAACCCACCAGCAAGCCCAGGCCCUGCUGCUCGUUACCGUGGAAGGGAUGUACAUGCCUGAAGAGCCUGGCUGCCCCCUGUCCUGCGUGGUCAGCAAGAGGCAGCCCGAAUGUGAGGAAUGCGGUGGCCUGGGCUCUCUGACAGGCAGGUGCGAGUGGAGACAGGGAGAUGGCAAAGGGAUAACCAGGAACUUCUCCACCUGCUCCCCCAGCAUCAGGACCUGCCCCGAUGGACACUGUGAUGCCGUGGAGAGCAGAGACCCCAACAUCUGCCCCAAGGACUGCCUCCGGGGCGGCAGCAUCAUUGGUGGGCACGAACCUGGGGAGCGCCGGGGGAUUAAAGCUGGCUUCGGUAUCUGCAACUGCUUCCCUGAGAAGAAGAAGUGCUUCUGCGAGCCGGAGGAUAGCCAAGACACCCUGCGUGAUGACCUCUGCUGCACAGUGAUCACGGCAGCUGUGGUCUUCUCCAUCGUAUCUGUGCUGCUGUCUGUGCUGCUGUCCACCUUCUGCAUCCACCGCUACCGCAAGAAUGCCCACAAGCCGCCCAUUGCCUCGGCUGAGAUGACCUUCUGUCGACCCGCCCAAGCUUUUCCGGUCAGCUACUCCUCAUCUGGUGCCUGCCGGCCCUCUCUGGACUCCAUGGAGAACCAGGUCUCAGUGGACACCUUCAAGUUCCCGGAGGAUCCCAAGUGGGAAUUCCCACGGAAGAACUUGGUGCUUGGAAAAACUCUGGGAGAAGGUGAAUUUGGAAAAGUGGUCAAGGCCACAGCCUUUCGGCUGAAAGGCAAAGCAGGGUACACGACUGUGGCUGUGAAGAUGCUGAAAGAGAAUGCCUCCCCAAGCGAGCUGUGGGACCUGCUAUCAGAGUUCAACCUCCUGAAGCAGGUCAACCACCCGCAAGUCAUCAAGCUGUACGGGGCCUGCAGCCAGGAUGGGCCACUGCUCCUCAUCGUGGAGUAUGCCAAGUACGGCUCCCUGCGGGGCUUCCUCCGAGAGAGCCGCAAGGCGGGACCUGGCUACGUGGGCAGCGGGGGCAGCCGCAACUCCAGUUACCUGGACAACCUGGAGGAGCAGGCCCUGACCAUGGGCGACCUUGUCUCCUUUGCCUGGCAGAUCUCACAAGGGAUCCAGUACCUGGCUGAGAUGAAGCUUGUCCAUCGGGACUUGGCAGCCAGAAACAUCCUGGUAGCCGAGGGCCACAGGAUGAAAAUCUCAGAUUUUGGUCUGUCCCGAGAUGUUUAUGAAGAGGAUUCCUACGUGAAGAGGAGCAAGGGUCGGAUCCCAGUCAAGUGGAUGGCCAUUGAGUCCCUCUUUGAUCAUAUCUACACCACCCAGAGUGAUGUGUGGUCCUUUGGUGUCCUGCUGUGGGAGAUUGUGACCCUGGGCGGCAACCCCUACCCUGGGAUUCCUCCAGAGCGGCUCUUCAACCUUCUGAAGACAGACUAUCGGAUGGAGAGGCCAGACAACUGCAGCGAGGAGAUGUACAGUCUAAUGCUGCAGUGCUGGAAGCGGGAACCAGACAAGAGGCCAGUGUUUGCCGACAUCAGCAAAGACCUAGAUAUCUAAGAUGAUGGUUAAGAGCAGAGACUACUUGGACCUGGCCGUGUCCACCCCAUCCGACUCACUGUUGUAUGAUGAUGGCCUGUCAGAGGAGGAGACACCCCUGGGGGACUGUAAUAAUGUUCCCCUCCCUCGCACCCUCCCCUCCACAUGGAUUGAAAACAAACUCUAUGGUAGAAUUUCACAUGCAUUUACUAGAUUCUAGCCACGUUGUUCCUGCUCUCUGCACUGUCCUUACUCUCUGUAAUGCUUUUUAAGAGUGUUUCUGGUUUGAAUGAAACCAAAGUCUGCUCUGAA